GUUCAAUCCAUCUUACAUUGCAGUCACCUUAGAUUCCAAGAGGACUCGUUGAACGAGCACAUCUACCCAUCCUUUCGAACCUGGCCUGCCAACCUAGAAUCGGAUCCCUCAACAUGAGCUUGCAAGAUUUUUCCUCUUCUCGUACCCGAGUCGACCUGACAAAUCAUCGCUCUGGACCUUCUACACCUCGUCGAAGUCCUUCGUCCAUCGCUCGCAAUACUCAACUCCCAUCCUCGACAAGCUCGAGUAAUCCGCGAACACCUCGACAAGGCUAUUCCUCAGGCACAUCGACAUACGGUCGAGGUCAGAAUCUCUCUGCCCCGCCUUCUUCUUAUCGUCUCCAAGAUUCGGUGGAGCUCCAUGCCAUCUCUCGACCCGGAAGACAAUCUCCAUUCGAUGAUCGCUACGCUAUAGAUCAUGAACCCUAUCUAAGGACUGAUCCAUCUGGUGAAGACGCCAUGCCACCUCCAACCCCUUUACAACCUCCCCUCGCUCCGCAAAGUCCACCACUUACACCGACUUUUCGCGGCCUCUUCUCUCUCCACACUCCCCGAGAUCAUUUCUUGUAUCUGGUACCAGCUGUCCUGGUAUCGAUGACAGCUGCUCUCGUUCAACCUUACAUGUCCGUCAUAGUUGGGGACGCCUUUGAGGCUUUUGUCAAUUAUCCCUUAGACAAUAACGCCAGCGAAGCUCAGCGCGAGGCUUUGAGACAUGACGUCAAACUGACCACUGUGAAACUCGCCAUCGCUGGUGCCGCAGCGGUCGCUCUCAACUACGUCAAGGGAGUUCUGUGGGCCAGGCAUGGUGAGAACGUCACGCAUCGUUUACGACAUGCCGUCUAUGCCUCGGUUCGAGACAAGCCAAUUGAGUGGUUCGACCUCGGCAUGGGUAUGCCCGGAGAGUCUAUCGGUGCGGGUGGUCUCAUGGCCAAAUUCACAAGAGAGACCGACGAGGUCCGACUUGGUUCAUCCAUCGCCCUUGGCCUCGUGGUCCAAAACCUUUCGACCUUCAUCGCCUGCUUCAUCCUUGCACUCGCCACUCAGCCAGUCCUCGCUCUCGUUACCCUCUCCACCAUCCCCGUCAUCGUUAUCAUACAAUUCAUCACCCAAAUCGUCUGUCAACCUCUCUACGCACUCGAAAGGCGGAGUAAUGCAGAGGCUUCGACGAAUGUAGACCGCGCGACGUCAGCUAUCGCCACUGUCAAAGCACACAAUGCCCAAGGCUCGGAGCUUGAGCGAUUCACUCGGGUCGCAGAUGGCGCAAGAGCAUCAUUGAUCCGUCAGUCGGCUGUUUGGGCCUUGUCCAUCUCGACUACUGAAUUCUUCCUGCUUGGCACCUUUGUCGUUGGAUUUUGGUACGGCGCAAAGGUCGUACGAGAUGGGACAUCCGCGGGGACCGUCAUGACUGUCUUUUGGGCUUGCUUGUUAUCGGCAACAUUCCUACAAAUGGUUGUCCCGCAGUUGACUGUCGUCACAAAAGGCAAGAACUCGAUGGCAUCCUUGAGGACGGUGAUUACGAGCGUGGCGGCGAAGCCAGCGAUCAUCUCGAAUCCCUUCGUUGAACAUGAUCUCACAUCGUCAAGUGCUCAGGCGAAGACAGACAUUUUCUCAGACCCCGGCACAUCCCAGGCUCCACCCUCUUCGCCCGGCUCUCGCGUCCGAGGCGAUUUCACCCUUUCAUCCGUCACGUUUGCCUAUCCUUCUCGUCCUGAGGUUGUGAUUCUGAAAAAUGUCACCCUUUUCCUCCCACCGGGAGAAACAACAUUCAUCGUCGGCGGUUCUGGGUCCGGCAAAUCCACGAUCGCCCAACUCCUCCUUGGCUUAUACGAUCCCAACGGAGGUCUCAUAACCAUGGACAAUCGUACACUUUCACCUGAAUUGACACGACAACAUAUUGGAGCAGUGCAGCAGGGCUGCAUCCUAUUUGAUAUGUCGGUUCAUGAUAAUGUGGCCAUUGGCUCACCUUCCGGCGCCACGCGAGCACAAGUUAUAGAAGCUUGCAAGAUGGCCCUGAUCCAUGAGUUUAUCGAAGGCCUACCGGAGGGUUACGAAACAAAUCUCGGCACGGGCGGUUCCGCCUUGAGCGGGGGUCAACGACAACGUCUGGCCAUUGCCAGAGCGAGAAUCAGAAACCCUACCGUGCUGAUUCUCGACGAAGCGACCUCGGCACUCGAUGCGACUUCUCGUGUGCUCGUCUUUGAGAACAUAAAAACAUGGCGGAAGAACCAGACGACCAUAGUCAUCACUCACGACUUGUCCCAGAUUGUGCCGGACGACUUUGUCUACGUGAUGCGGCAUGGAGUGGUCGCCGAACAAGGCUUUCGAUCUGAUCUGGUCAAGAAGACACCACUGAACGGAGCGGUGACGGGCAUCUUCGCAGCUAUGGCUGCUGAACAGGCCUUGGAGCCUUUGGCAGAGAAAAUGGAAGAUUGGGACCCUGAAGAGGUUCUUGAAGAUGCAUAUGACGCCUACGAGGUACCCUUUCGACCUCAUACUCCAUCCUUCGGACUCCCUGGGCGAGAAAGCAUGGCCUAUUUCGAUGUUCUGGAGCAGUAUGCCAAGACCGAUUCUAAGCGCCUGAGUCGGCUGAGCUGGGAGGAUCCAAAGGCAUCUCAUCGGACAAGCUUGGUAAGGAGAAGCAGUCUCGUCUCUAGGGCAUCGCGGAACAGCUUGGUCGUUCCCCGCCCAGCAAGUCAAAUGUCUUUCACGUCGAAUCGCAGCGAGCAUGGACGAUCGCCUGGCCAGAGGUAUUCUCAGCUCGUGGAGAAGGAGCCUAUCCAGCUGCACGUAUCUACAGAUGACAAGGGAGAAACACUGGAGGAGGUCACUCCUGUCAAACCAACGCGCCCGCCUGGGCUUUUCGCUCUCCUCGUCUCCUACUUUCCGACCCUUCCUCGCAAACAGAACCUCUUCUUUGGCCUCUUUGGCGCCAUUCUUCACGGUGUCGCCACACCGAUUUGGUCGUUCUUCCUAUCGAAACUCAUGACCAUCGUCGGAUCUGGUGGAACGGACCCGGCCUUGACCAAGUUCGGACUCAUCGUCCUUGCUAUUUGUGCAGCUCAAGCCUUCGCAGACUGGCUACAACAGUACUUUCUGUACUCUCUCGCGGCGAUGUGGGUCAACAAGAUCCGCUCCGAAGCGUACGGCAAAGUUUUGGCGCAGGAUAAAGCAUGGUUCGACCAAACGGAUCAUUCGCCCGUGCGCCUCGUGCAAUCCAUCAUCAAGGAUUCCGAUGACAUGCGAGCGCUGAUCGCUUCUGUGAUUGGCAAAAUGACAGUGUUCGUCAUCAUGGUUGGAAUGGGUAUCAUCUGGGCAAUGAUCGUCGAUUGGCGAUUGACUUUGAUUGGCGUCGGACUCGCACCCGUCUUUGCAUCGAUCAUGACGUUCAAUAAUUCCCUCAUUGGCAAGGCUGAAGUUCGGAACAAGGCCAAACGCGAGGCAGUUGCAAGGACAUUUUACGAGUGCGUGGCGAACCUUCGCGGAAUUCGUGCGAUGGCCUUGGAGAAGACGUUCAAUGCUCGUUUCGAGGCGGAUGCGUCGUCCGCGUUGUCGACCGGGAAACGUACAGGCUGGGCUGUGGCUAUUGGUAUCGGCUUUGUCGCUGGAAUGCCAUUCUUUGCUCAAGCCUUGAUGAACUGGGCGGGGAGUGUCUUCAUCCUGCAAGGGUAUAUCAAUUAUGCCCAGAUGCUCCAAGUCUACAAUCUAAUCCUCUUCUCCUUGACCAUGGGAACCGCGAUGUUAGAUUUCAUCCCCGCCAUGGCCAAAGGUCGUGCUGCCGCGACAGACUUCAAUCGACUCUAUUAUCUCUCAACGACGACUUCAGAAUGUGCAGGUUCACUUCGCUUUCCAAUCCCUGGCCAAGCUACCUUCUCCCACGUCUCUUUUGCCUAUCCGACCCGACCUGACGUUCCCAUUCUCUCCGACCUCUCUCUCAGUCUGCAUCCUGGUGAGGCAGUGGCCAUCGUCGGGCCUUCGGGGUGUGGCAAAUCGACCAUUGCGGCGCUUCUCCAAAAGCUGUACGAGCCCAGUUCCGGCACGAUUCAUCUGGACAAGUAUGAUCUGGCUCAAGCAGAUGUCAAAUGGCUCAGGAACCACAUUGCGAUCGUAUCUCAGACGGCCAAUCUGUUUGACGCGACUGUCGCUGAAAAUAUCGCUUAUGGAUCCAAUGUGCCCAUAGGAGAGAUUCAACGAGCGGCGAGAGCAGCCAAUAUCCACGAUUUCAUACAAGGUCUUCCGGGAGGAUACGAUACGAAUCUCGGAGAGAACGCUUCAUUGAUCUCUGGCGGUCAAGCUCAGAGGUUACAGAUCGCUCGAGCUUUAGUCAGGAGAUCAAGAAUAUUGAUCUUGGAUGAAUGUACGAGUGCAUUGGAUGGUGAGAACGAGAGGGCAAUAUUGGAUACGAUAGGCAGAGUCAAAGAGACCAGGACCACCAUUUUCAUCACUCAUUCACUUGAAGCUAUGAAACGAUGUGACCGAGUGAUCUGUCUUGUUGGCGGUAGAGUAGUCGAGGAAGGACCUUUUGAGCAGCUGCUCAGACGAGGCGGAGUGUUUGCUCAACUCAUGCAGACCGGCGAGUGGGAGUAGAGUAGAGUAUAUACAUCGUAUCAGUUGUAUUUGUGAUCGGCAAUAGGCGGAAUAUUAAGCCGAAGACACGGAAUUCAAAUGCGAACUCCGCGAU